AUGAAUAGUCCUGAAUGGAUGUUUAUCUUGAUUGGUUGUUUAACAUGUUUAUUUGGUGGAUUACGUGGACCAAUGUUCUCUAUUCUAUUCGCAAAAAUAAUCAAUGAAUUUAAUGAUUGUAAAUACACUGAUAUACGUUAUCGAGUGUUGAUUACAAGUGGUUUAUUAAUUGUCAUCGGUGCUGUUUUUAUGAUUCUUCGUUUUUUUCAAUUUGUGACUUUUGGAAUCGCAGGAGCGAAAUUAGUUAGUCGUAUUCGUUCAAAAGCUUUCGCAUGUUUUCUUCGUCAAGAAGUCGCUUAUUUUGAUCGACCUGAAAACAGUUCUGGUGCAAUAUGUAAUCAACUCUCUUCUAAUGCAGCUGCCAUUGAAGACAUGGCUGGUACAAGACUAGGUGUUAUCUGUGAAAGUUUAUCCAUGUCUGCUUUUGGCUUCUUACUUGGUCUUUUUUACAACUGGCAAUUAACACUAAUCAUAGCUAUUCCUUUCUUUAUCAUGCUGAUUGCUGUUGUUAUAGAUAUACGACUAAGUUCAUGGUUGAAAACACAAGCUGAUAUCAUUUACUCUCAAGCUAGCACGCUUGCUGUUGAAGUUAUUACGAAUAUGCGUACAGUAAAACAAUUAUCAAUGGAAAAUGAAGUCUUACAACAAUAUUCAAAUAUGAUUGAUCAAAUAUUAAUAGUGUUUUGGAGACCUGAAGCACUGUUUGCAAUGGUAUAUGGAUUGUACUGGACGAUGAGUCCAUUGACUUUGGGACUCUUAUAUUGGCGUGCUUUGAUUCUUGUUGAAAAAAAUGAACUAGACAUGAGCGAUGUUGUUAUGAUUUCUGCUUUUGGAAUGUUCGCACUAGAAGCACUAAAAAUUGUUGGAAUGUUAGGAAAACGUAUUGGUGCAUCAUUUGCUGCUGCUCACGCUUUUUUUGAUCUAUUUGAUCGAAUACCAAUUAUCGAUAAUGAAUCAAAUAAAGGACAAGAAUUAACUAACUUUAGUGGAGAAACAGAAUUUAAUCAAGUCAAAUUUAUGUAUCCAACUCGUCCAGCAGUCCUUGUUCUUAAUAAACUUCAACUGUCGAUUAAAUCAGGUCAACGGAUAGCUCUUGUUGGUGCAUCUGGAUGUGGAAAAUCAACUAUAGCUCAAUUAUUAGAACGAUUUUAUGAUGUUACAAAUGGACAAUUAACUCUUGAUGGUGUUGAUAUUCGACAUUUAAAUCUCCAAUGGCUUCGUUCUCGUCUCGGUGUUGUUAGUCAAGAACCAGUUUUAUUUGAUUUAACAAUUGCUGAAAAUAUAACAUAUGGACUAGAAAAUAUUCCAACUGAUGAAAUUAUUCUUGCUGCAACUAAAGCUAAUAUUCAUCAAUUUAUUCAACAAUUACCUCAAGGUUAUGAUACAAAAGUUGGAUUCAAAGGUAGUUUUUUAUCAGGUGGUGAAAAACAACGUAUUGCUAUUGCUCGAGUUCUUAUUCGUCGACCUAAAAUAUUAUUAUUAGAUGAAGCUACAAGUGCUAUGGACCCAUAUAAUGAACAAAUAGUACAAGCAACUCUUGAACAAGCACAAACAGAAGAUCCUAGUCGAACAUCACUUAUUAUUGCACAUCGUCUUUCAACAAUACGUUCAUGUGAUCUGAUACAUGUUCUUGAAAUGGGUUGUAUAAUAGAAAGUGGUACUCAUACUGAACUAGUACAAAAAGGUGGAAUUUAUUAUAAAAUGUUAAAUACCCAAAACAACGUGCAUUAA